AUGGAUAGCAUGAGUGAGGCAUUUGAUCAAAUGCAAAUGGUCAAGGAUGUUAUGGCCAACAGUGAUAAAGUUUCAGAGGUCCUACAAGAGUCUACUCAUCAGUUCAACCUGCUUACUUCACCCACUUUCCUACCAAAGGUCAAGGAUCAAGGGAAAUUCACUCUCCCUUGCACACUUGGGCAUCUUGAGAUUGACAAUGCCUUAGUGGAUUCUGGAGCAAGCAUCAAUCUGAUCUCUCUCUCCAUGGCAGAGAAGCUAGGCAUAGCUGGAGCCUUGCAGCGCCCUACUACUUCAAUCAUCUUUGGAGAUGCAACUUCUAAGUCUCCUCUUGGAGUGUUCAAGAACUAUCACUUGAAAAUUGGAGAAUGCAUCAUCCAAACUGAUCUCACUGUGAUGGAAAUGGAAGAAGAGAAGGAUUGCCUCUGUUAUUGGGAACCCCUUCCUUAUACCACUCUCAGUUCUAAGAGUCAUGGAGCUACAAAGGUUGUGAAGGAAAGGGUUGACAAAGAACCAAGAGUUGGGAAGGAUAAGGUUGAGAGAGGACCAAGGAUUGAGAAGCCACGUCUUGAGAGGGCUAGAGUUGAGAAACCACGAUCUGAUAGACCAAGAGCUGAUCGACUUGUUCAAGCCCCUUGUGUGCUUGAUGAAGAAAGCCUUCAAGCUUUGUUUGAUGAGCCACUAGGAAGGGCUCUAAAGAAGGGGAGGAUGCAGCCUCUAAGGCAAGACCAGUUUGAAAAUGGGAAGAUUGAGUACAAGAUAAGGUACAAGGGGAGAUCAAGACCAUUCUCUAGAGCCAAGGCCUUGGUGACUUCAGAACAAUCCAGGGACCCAACCAAGCUAAAGGAGCUUCUGUCUCAAGUCCUCACUAUCACCCUUGAUGGUGGGACUAGCUCAACCAAUGCCUAA